AAUAGUGGGCAAUUCCUCAAGUUAGUGGCUCUCCGACGUGGCCUUGGGAAUCCAUUUCAACUUGCCUAUACCUUGGCUGGACUCCACUUCAUCAAUGGUGAGACCCCACUCGGGUCCCAUGAUAAUGUACAAUAUAAAAGACUCUGAUGUUCAGAGAGUUUCCUGAGUGUUCAUAUAGCACACGGUCGUCGUUCCACAAGCCUCUUCACUAGCUGGUUCUUGAAAUUUGGCUUUCUGGGUGAUGUCGCAUCCGAGAACUCAGAUGGCAAUCUCGAAGCGGCGGUCUCCUUCAUGCUCCUUGAUCGCCUUGACGAUGAUGGUGUGGUUAUGGAGUUCUCAUGUGGUUCCGAGGGUAGCCGGUUGUGACGGCUUCGACGAGCUCUUUCAACCCAAUUGGGCUCCUGAGCACUUCGAGUGUGAAAGGGACCAAACGAAGUUGACUCUUGAUUCUUCUUCUGGUUGUGGAUUUGGGUCCAGGAAGGCAUACCUGUUUGGACUGACAAGCGUGCAAAUUAAGCUGGUCCAAGGCGAUUCGGCCGGAACAGUAACGGCAUUCUACAUGUCUUCGGACGGGCCCAACCACGAUGAGCUUGACUUCGAGUUUCUGGGAAACCUAUCCGGAGAACCUUACCUUGUACAAACCAACGUCUAUGUCAACGGCACCGGAGAUAGAGAGCAAAGGCACAGCCUUUGGUUCGACCCUACCACGGAUUUUCACACCUACUCUUUGUUCUGGAACCGGCGUUAUAUCACGUUUCUGGUCGAUGGAAUUCCUAUAAGAGUGUUCGCGAACAAGGAAGAGUCACACGGCGUGCCGUAUCCGAAGAACCAGCCUAUGCGUGUCCUUGGUUCGGUGUGGAACGCCGACGAUUGGGCUACCCAAGGAGGGAGGGUGAAGACGAACUGGAGCCAUGCGCCUUUUGUCUCUUCGUUCAGGGCCUUCGACAUCGACGCCUGUGAGCUGUCGCCGGAGACGGCCGAUGUCACGACCAAGUGCGGGCAAUUGGGGCGAUACUGGUGGGACAGGCCGUCGUUCAACGAGUUAGGCCGGCGCCAGAGCCGACAACUGAAGUGGGUAUGCAAGAAGUACUUGGUCUACGACUAUUGCGAGGACAAGCCCAGGUUUUCUGAGCUUCCUAAGGAAUGUGUGGGGUAGCAUUGGCGACAUGUCUGUCGAUUUUUAUGUACAAGCUGCUCCUACUCAUAAACUGACAGCUUUAAUCCUGCGCACCGUGCGAGCCUAAUAAUUAGUGUAACUUUUAAGAUUCAA